CGGAAACCCUUGAGCUAGUUUCCGGUCGGAAAUCUCCAAGCCCAGCUACACCUUGGUUGAUAUAACUAAUUAGCUUUCAUAUUCUACAGAAACUUAUUCCGGCCGUAUGCGAUAAAAUCAGCUGUUAUCGGGUUUAUUCCCCUCUGUCAGAACGUCAUCCGUUGAUCGAGACAGGAAGUUCGCAAAGCCGUGGGAACGCAGUUAUAAGCUUCUUGUUCGCCCAUUUACUGAGGGGAAACGACACUCAAACUUAAACAGUCAAAGGAUACCAAGAUGCCUGUCACAACGUUUGAUCUCAAGGAGAAGUACAGAUAUCAGAAUGGCUUCAACUGUUAUUUAGAAUCUGAAGCUGUUGAUGGUGCUUUGCCCAUCGGACACAAUUCUCCUCAGAAGCCACCAUACGGUCUCUACGCCGAGAAACUCUCUGGGACUGCCUUUACUGCACCGCGACACGAGAAUAAGCAGACAUGGCUAUACCGCGUUCUACCAUCCUGCGCGCAUCCUCCUUACCAAGAGGAUACAAGGUCAACAGGCGACACUAACAAGACUCUCGACGGCGCUGAGGAUGGAAAAUUGCACUACAUCCCCAACCAGCUCCGUUGGGAUCCCUUUGACCACAAUGAAUCCAAGGAUCUAGACUUUGUCACUGGUUUGAGGCUCGUUGCUGGUGCUGGAGAUCCUACACUCAAGGAAGGACUGGGUAUGUAUAUUUAUGCCGCUGGAAAGAGCAUGGAUGAGAAAUCAGCAUUCUACUCUGCCGACGGUGAUCUUCUCAUCGUCGCACAAGAGGGCGCUCUUGAUAUCCGCACCGAGUUCGGUUGGCUUCUUGUUCGACCCAUGGAAAUUGCUGUCAUCCCCCGAGGCGUCAAGUACCAAGUCCAUCUUCCCUCCGGCCCAGCCCGUGGUUAUGCUCUUGAGCUUUAUCAAGGUCACUUCAACCUCCCUGAGCUUGGUCCAAUUGGUUCAAACGGCCUUGCCAAUGCUCGUGACUUCCAGUCUCCCGUUGCUUGCUUCUCUGAAGACUUUGGAGCUACUGCUUCUGAGGGGUCUAGCAAGUAUACUGUUUCCGUCAAGUUCAACAAUAACCUCUUCAAGACUGUGCAAGCUCAUACUCCCUUCGAUGUGGUAGCUUGGCAUGGAAAUUACUAUCCUUACAAGUACGACCUCGGGCGCUUCAACACUAUCGGCACUAUCUCCUUCGAUCAUCCUGACCCAUCUAUCUUCACCGUUCUCUCAGCACCAACCAACACUCCUGGUACAGCAGUAGCCGACUUUGUAAUCUUCCCACCACGCUGGCUCGUCGGUGAAGAUACGUUCCGACCACCGUGGUAUCACCGAAACACGAUGAGCGAGUUCAUGGGUCUGAUCCAAGGUGGUUACGAUGCCAAGAAGGGCGGCGCAGGCGGUUUUGUCCCCGGUGGUGCAAGUCUUCACAACGUCAUGAGCGGUCACGGCCCUGACGCAGAGAGCACAGAGGGUGCCAGGAACGCAGAGCUUAAGCCCGCCAAGGUUGGAACAGGAAGUUGUGCGUUUAUGUUUGAGAGUUGUUUGAUGGUUGGUGUUACGCAGUGGGGAUUGAGAACGUGUCAAAAGGUCCAGGAGGGAUAUAACGAGGAGAGUUGGGGUGGUGUUGUUAACCAUUGGAAGAUGCCCCAAGGAUUGAAGGUGAAGCCUCAUACCCUGUAAGAAACAAAAUUGGCGACGAGAUUGGGCGCGAGUAACGAUGAGCAAAUUGUCAUACAAUAUGAGACAUUUUCUAUUCUAUUUCA